UAAGUAUACCUAUAUAUUAGAUGGACUCGUGAAAUGACUUUUCUACUUUUUACAUAAUAGAAUCAAUCAUGGAGAAAAAUAAUUGCUCCAGACAAGAUAGUAGACAAGGACAUGAGGUGUGGGUCACCUGACUAACCCAAGAGGUCCCCCCUCGGUACAUAUAAGUGCAAAAAAAGAUGCAGAAGAUGUAUGGAUAGAUCGCAGAAGCGUGAAAUAUGACGAACAAAGCGGAAAUAACUUCAGCCACAUGGGGUGUCAGGAGCAGUUUCCACUCCCUGGUCGCCUCUGCCAUUGUUGCCGUCCUCUCCGUCGCGCGUGACGGCUCUCGGUUACGGCCGCCACCGACCAAGGGUGCCUCGCCUCAAAGCGCGACGACGUUGUGCAAUUUGUUCUCGGGGAGGUGGGUGUACGACAACGCGUCUUAUCCGUUGUAUGAGGAGAAGCAAUGCGCGUUCACGUUAGACCAGGUGGCUUGCGAGAAGUUCGGAUGGAAGGACUUACAGUAUCGCCAUUGGAGGUGGCAACCCCAUGGCUGUGACAUUCCCAGGUUCAAUGCGACGUGGUUGCUAGAGAGAUUGAGGAACAAGAGGCUGGUGUACGUCGGGGACUCUCUGAACAGAGGACAAUGGGUGUCGAUGAUUUGCCUCGUGGAGUCCUCCAUCCCUCCCAACCUCAAAUGGUUAUCUUACCACCACAAUCACUCGUUAAUCGCCUUCAAUGCCAUGGUAAAAUACAACGCGACGAUUGAGUUCUACUGGGCACCGAUGCUAGUGGAAUCCAAUAGCGACCAUCCAUAUAAUCAUCGUUUACCCGAGCGAAUUGUUCAAGUUCAAGCCAUUGAAAAGCAUGCAAGGGUUUGGUCGGAUGCGGACAUUCUCGUAUUCAAUUCCUACCUCUGGUGGUUGACACCGGAGAUGAAAGUUCUGUGGGGAUCAUUUGGGAGUCCUGAUGGAAUUUACAAGAUGGUACAAGGGCCUCGUGCCUAUGAGAUGGCCCUGAAUACAUGGUCAGAUUGGUUGCAAGUUCACAUAAACAAAUCCAAGACCCAAGUGCAAGCGGCGAUCUGCAGACUGUGGACAAGGGGCCUCAACGUUCAAAUCCUGAACAUAACGCAGCUAUCGGAGUAUCGCAAGGACGCGCACCCUUCCAUUUAUAAAAGGCAGUGGCAUUCCCUGAGCCAAGAGCAACUAGCAAACCCGACCGGCUAUGCCGAUUGCUUCCACUGGUGUCUCCCCAGGGUCUCCGACGUUUGGAACGAGCUCCUCUACGCCUACAUUCUCCGGAAUCGGACUUCCGGGUUACAAAGUGGAGUGGGAGAGUAACAAAGUGAUUGUGAACUUGUCAGUUAAUUUUGGCGAACAGUUGACAGUUGAGUGGAGGAGGAUGAAUUUCCUUUUCCAGCUAAAACGUCUCGUGUUUCAUCGAGUUGUAAGAGUGAACGUCGUCCAUUGCAUUCAAACUCAGAUUGCAUUAUAGUUUUAGACCGCAGGUAGAAAUAAUAAAGAGA